CACCAGGACACCAGGAUGUCGGACGCCGAAGAGCAGGAAUAUGAGGUCCUCAGGGAGCAGCCUGAAGAAGAGGAGGCUGCUGAGGAGGAGGAGGAGGAAGGUGAGGCCCUGGACUCCGCAGCCCCCGAGGAGCCGGAGCCGGUGGCUGAGCGAGAAGAGGAGCGCCCCAAACCAAGCCGGCCCGUGGUACCUCCGCUGAUCCCCCCAAAGAUCCCAGAGGGGGAACGUGUGGACUUCGAUGACAUCCACCGGAAGCGCAUGGAAAAAGAUCUGCUGGAGCUGCAGACGCUCAUUGACGUGCAUUUUGAACAGCGGAAGAAAGAGGAAGAGGAGCUCGUGGCGCUAAAAGAGCGCAUUGAGCGGCGCCGGGCGGAGAGAGCUGAGCAACAGCGCUCCAGAACCGAGAAGGAGCGCGAGCGUCAGGCUAAGCUGAUGGAGGAGAAGAUGCGGAAGGAAGAGGAAGAGGCCAAGAAGCGGGCUGAGGAUGACGCCAAAAAGAAGAAGGUUCUGUCCAACAUGGGGGCCCAUUUUGGGGGUUACCUGGUAAAGGCAGAGCAGAAACGGGGUAAGCGCCAGACAGGGCGCGAGAUGAAACUGCGCAUCUUGUCGGAGCGUAAAAAGCCUCUGAACAUCGACCACAUGGGAGAAGAAGAGCUGCGGGAGAAGGCCCAGGAACUGUCAGACUGGAUCCACCAGUUGGAGUCCGAGAAGUUUGACCUGAUGGCGAAGCUGAAGCAGCAGAAAUAUGAGAUCAACGUUCUGUACAAUCGCAUCAGCCACGCCCAGAAGUUCCGGAAGGGGGCCGGGAAGGGCCGCGUUGGAGGCCGCUGGAAGUGAGGAUCUGGGCGCUGCCCCCCCCUCCCCAGGCACCCGGGAGCUCUUGGAGUGUGUGUCCCAUCUGUGGCUUGAAAUAAAUGCUCCCACUGCAGCA